AGUGAAGUGUCCUCUGACAGUCAAAAAGAGUAUGAUGGUGAUGUAUUGCUUGGACUCUGGAGGUCCCCUCUUUGGUAGCUACAGCGUUAAUAGUCCCGGGAAGUCCCACCUCCACUACCACCUUUCAUGUUAAUUUCAGCGUGAUCUCUGCACGGACUGCAGGCAGCCGCUGAGCGCUGGACCUGCAGCUUCAUGUCGAUGAGGCUUUAGACACAACCUGUCGCUGAAACACUGUCGGGACUUUCUUUUGGGAACGGCGUUGUGUCCGUAUAAUGUCGCUACUGAGGACGCGCAGCUUACUGUGAAUAUUGUGGGUCCAGCUGGUAGUUAGAGAGGAGGUGAACGCACCUUGCAUCCAGCCAUGGGAGGUCAGAUCACAAGGAAUACCUUCUACGAUUCUCUGAACGGACCAUUUCCUGCCACAUCUCACCGAUGCCACCACAAGCCCAAGCGCUGCCUGCCCAUCCACCCAUGUGGAAGUUUGUCCUCCUUCCCUCUGCUCUUCCACCCCAGCACCAAGGGCUCGCAGAUUGUCAUGGACAUUUCCCAGAGGACCGUCAAGAGGCAGGCCAGCUUCUGUAACGCCAUCACCUUUAGCAACAGACCAACAGCUGUGUAUGAGCAAGUACGGCUGAAGAUCACUAAAAAGCAGUGCUGCUGGAGCGGUGCUCUUCGUCUUGGUUUUACAUCCAAAGACCCAUCGAGCAUCAACCCAGACACCUUGCCAAAGUACGCCUGCCCCGACCUGGUCUCCCAGAGUGGCUUCUGGGCAAAAGCCCUGCCAGAGGAGCUCUCCAAUGAGGGAAACGUCAUCUCCUUCUGGGUGGAUAAGAAGGGCCGGGUGUUUUACCGCAUCAACGACUACAGCCCAAUGCUGUUCUUCAGCGGGGUACAUGUCUCUGGGCCUGUGUGGGCUCUCAUAGACGUCUACGGCCUCACCAGGGGGAUCCAGCUGCUAGACAGCGAGAUGGUCUCCCUGGACUGCUUACGUCCUCGUUCUUUUACUAACGCCAACCGGGCCUCUAUUCAGCAAAACAGUGAUGACCCUCGCCUUUCCAUCAGCCUUUGUGACCUGAGCCUGCAGCAGCAGGAGACACAUCUGGAGGAAGAUGAUGAGGAACAGGAACGACUACAGCGCUUAAGCUCCGCCGCCUGCCAUGUGCCCCAAAACUCUCAAAACUCACAGCAGUGCUUGCUGCUGCCCAGCCAUUUGGACACCGAUCUGCACUUUCACUCAGUGCAUGGCGUCCAUGUUACCGUGCUUGAUAAGCACACUGUGGCGCGGCUGGAUCACCGUGGCGAUGAGAGGACCCUGGUGUUCACCAGUCGGCCGAUGCGCUGCUCAGAGACUGUGUUUGUGAAGGUGAAGGCCGGUGCAACACGGCCAGGGUCUCUCUCUUAUGGUGUGACUUCCUGUGACCCGGCCACCCUAAAGCCCAGUGACCUCCCGUCCAACCCUGAGUCCCUGGUUGACCGCAAGGAAUUCUGGGCCAUGUGUUGGGUGUCAGUGCCACUCCACAGUGGCGAUAUCUUGGGCUUUGCGGUGAACGCAGAAGGGGAGGUCAUGAUGAGCCACAACGGCAUCAGUGCAGGGAUGCAGCUGUGUGUCGAUAACUCCAGACCACUCUGGAUGUUCUACAGUCUGCAUGGCGCCAUCACACAACUCAGGAUUUUAGGCUCAUCUCCACACCCAGACCUUCGAGGCCCGUCGGUCCCUAGCUUCCCAUCCUGUACACCCAAUACCCCCACAAUGCUUUGCAGCGGCAACUCCGAGCCCAACCUCAACACACCAUUGAACAUCAACCUUAAUUCAAGCCUCAACUCCAGCUACUACACAGUGUUUUCCUCCUCCACAGGUACAACCCCAAGCUCUCCAUUCUCCAGCCACCCAGAGUCCCCUACCUUCCCAUCCUGCUCCGGCUCGUGGAGUGAUGAAUGCACCAUUUGCUACGAGAACGUAGUGGACACAGUCCUCUAUGCCUGCGGACACAUGUGUCUCUGCUACACCUGUGGCCUCAAACUUAAAAAGAUGGCCAACGCAUGCUGCCCCAUCUGCAGAAGGACAAUCAAAGAUAUCAUCAAGACGUACCGGAGCACGUAGGCUUGUGUGAGACAAUGUGCUGCAUUGUCAGGUUCUGCUCAAGGAGGUUGUCAAAGACAAGUAAGAGUAAAGGUUAAGGUGGAUGCAGCACAAGUUUGCAUCUUUGUGUGUGCAAUCCGGCUCAGGUACUCCACAGAAAGACUUCAAACUCCAUCAGUAAAACAUUUUAUCCAUGUCCAGUGCACAUCCUUGGAAAGCUCACAGUUCCUACUCAGUGAGGACCCAGCAAUGAGAUUCAUCUUACAGCAUGAUCAAUAGAAACAACAUAUGUGCUACGGCAGGAACUUUUAUUGACCUACUAUUUCCCCUUGACAGUGAUUUGUGCAUCUGUUGAAAAGAAAAAGUAAUCUGAAGAGGCAUCUGUCCUACUUGCUGCAAAGUAACCCUUUAUUCUAGUGGUGAUAGCAUUGCUGCUAGCUAGUUUCACGAGAAGAGAAAUUGUCCAGAGUAGCGGAAGGAACUAGGAGAAUAAGUACGUGGUUUCACCAGCUGCUUCUCCACUGCCAGUCAGAGUGCAUUGGGUUGUUCAAGAGUAAGAAUCAAUUAUAUACUAAAUCUCAGAGAAAAGUAAAGAUUUAUUUGACGUUUUCUGAAUGCUCCCAAAGGCCAGUGAGCAAUGAGUAAAAAGAAAAAGUAUUUUUGCGGUAAAAAUGUUGCCAUACAUAAAAAAUAAGCCAUUUUUUUAUGCAUAGAAUAUACCUCUCCUGCAAUAAAGCACAAUUAAAUGCCUAAACCUAAAGGGUAAAUAAUACAUAAAUAGUGUUUUGUCUGAUACCUCACUACCUGCUGUGGUUCUGUGAAUUUCCGGCAAAGGGUAAAAAAGUGUGAAUAUUGUCACCAUAAAAGGUCACGUUUGCGGUGAAUGAGGAUGAAAAGGGAGUGAAGGAGGACGUAGUAGAGAGGAUGGUGUAUGUUUGGGAUGAAGACGGUGGGGAUAGGCACCUUUUGCUGUGUGUCUGCACACUGUUUCAGUGCAAAGAAAGUGAUUGUUCACUAAUGCACACCACGUACAUCAGACAUUUGUGUGAAAGCCUGUAAAAUGCAGGACUUGCAUGAGUUGCAUGUCCUUCUUUUUGGCGGCGUCAGUAAGUCAUCUAUAGUUGUGCUCAUAGGUCUAUGAACCCAUGCUAAAGUUGACCAAAGAGAGGUAAUUGAUCUUAAUGCCUUAAUUUAAAAAAUUUGGAAAAAUCCAACCUUUAGGGACACCAAUUUUAUUUGAGAAUAAAUAAAGUAUCGUGAAAAAAUAAAUGUUCUUCCUUAAAACACCCCCCUGUAUUUUAAGGGUAAGCAAAUAUACACACCCGUAUGUUAAAUUCCCAUUGAGGAAGGCAGAUUGUUUUUUUUUAUUUUUAAAGGCCAGGUAUUUCAUGGAUCCAGGAUACUAUACAUCUUGAUAAAGUUCCCUUGGCUUUUGGAAUUAAAAUAGCCCCACAUCAUCACAUACCCUUCACCAUACAGUACCUAGAGAUUGGCAUUGUUUUAUUUCUGUUAGCCUAAUAGCUGGUUUGAUUUGCAUUGAGAAAUAAUUUAAUGGAAAGUACCCCAAGCAAGAAACCCAUUGAAAUCACACUGUAAGUCACAGAUGGCUUUGCGUACUUCAGGUUACCCACUUCUCUUUCCUAUGUAUAUUAAAAUAAAACAUGAAUAUUUGCUUCAAGUGAUGUCACAUUUUUGCAUUCUUCAAGUGGAAAGAAAAAAUCACACAAGUGCAGUGACAAGGAUGUAGCUUGUUAUUGUGGGACUUGAAUUUGCAUAUCAGUUUGUCGCCCAGAUAGCUCAGUUGGUAGAGCAGGCGUCCAUAUAUAGAGGUUUACUCCUCGACGCAGUGGGCCUGGGUUUGACUCCAACCUGUGGCCCUUUGUUGCAUGUCAUUCCCCCUCUCUCUCCCCUUUCAUGUCGUCAUCUGUCCAGUCCAAAGUUAAAACUGAAAUUGCCCAAAAUAAUCUUUAAAAAAAAAGAUUCUGAGUGUUGCUCUUUGUCUCUAAAAGCAAACUCCAAGGACAUUUUCUCGACUAAUGUCAUACAUUAUGUACUGCCUUGAACUGCUAAGAAAUAAAAGCUAUUUUCAGGUGUUAUUUUGGCCUUGCUUGUAAGUGCUGAUUGUUUUUUUACAAGGUGAUGAAGCUUGUCAUUUUACCGCUGUUUAGGGAAAAUUAGCAGUAAUGUUGUAUAAUGUUUGAGUUACAUUUUCUUGUGUGCCUUUAAAAAGAGAAGUCUGGACACACAUUUGGUCUGUUAGGCUCCUCACUGUGAAAACCAGGAGGUUCAUAUUCAUCUUCAAGUCACUCUUGCACUCUAAUGUGAGCAGGUGGAACCACACAACUCACCAAUUCAAACAUUUCAGUGCGCUUAAUAUUAGUGUGUGAAUUUAUUCACUGCUAAAAGAUAACAUGUUUAAAUAUUGCCUUCUCUCCUCUGUCACUGCAUUGCAUAAUACUGGAAUUUUGUUGUGCUUGAGAGAUGCUCAGCCUUUUACAUUUCUACCUGUUUUUUUUUUUCCUGACCAAAUAUGACCUAGCAGAAAUAAGACAUUUGUGAAAAGAAUUUUGAUAGAAAAAUGGGAUUGACAAGUGUAAUUUUAACUGUACAUUAUGAGGUUUAUUUAUUUUGUCAAUGCUAUUAUAAAGAAGUAUCCCUGUUUGUUUUAUAUGUAUGGCUAUAGUGCCCAAAACAUAAGAAUAUUGUUUAUUUUAUUGUUGCAUAGUUAAAGAUUGUAGAAAACAUUAUUCUCUCUGAAAGGCUUUGUGAAUCUGUCAUCUGAUUUUCACUUAAAAGAAUAGUUUGGCAUCUUGGGAAAUACAGUACACUUAUUCACUUUCUGGUGGGGGGAUGAGUACAUUACCUUACGUACUAUACUGUACUGAAAAAAAUUGAGAUACAUUUUACAGAGUAUUUGCAAAUUAUACAACUUUAUACUUUUUUUACUUACACACAAAUGCACCAGUAGUUAUAAUAUCUGCAAUAUUGUAUAUCAUAAUAUGACUCUGGCAGGAGUACUUUUACUUCAAGUGCUUUUGACAUUGUGCUAUUAGCGUACUGCCUUUACUUAUACAGCUUUAAUCAAUAUUUUUGGAAUAAUGUAUCAAGUGACAAUGUGAAAGUGUAAGUUACAACUAAAUCCGCAGCAACCCUCUGCACCAAACUGCAGACAGACACAGUUAGCAUCCAGCUGGUGAACAUAGUGGAGCAUCUAGCAGCUAAAGAACCAGGGAUUUCCCUCAGGAGACCAAAAAUAGAGUUUAAAUAUUAAGCUAAAGACAGCAGCUUACUUAGGAAACUUAAAUUUGCAGAAACGGGUAACUUUCUGGAGUCUCUGCUGUUUGCCUGUCAACUGCCGAGCCAAAAACUAGUCUGAACAACAAUGGCAAACGCAAUAAUAUAAAGUGUUAAAAAGUAAGUGUUAGAGGUGCAUGUAGGUAGAUUUAUUUUACCUUUGAACGUGCCAGGCUAGCUGUUUUGAGUCUUUAUGCUAACCAAACCAUAUGCUACUUGUGGCGACUUAUCGAAUAAUUUCUUCUUUUUUUUUCAUCUCUUCGCCAGAAAGUAAAAAUUGUGACUCCCAAGCUAUCCAACGUUUCCUUAAAUGCCAUACACUAAAUUAUGCUAUUAAAAGGGAAUACAGUGUGUAUAUUUGGCAUUUGUUACCUAUUGGUAAAAUGAUGUGUCCUACUUGCAGAUUUAAAUUCUAUCUUGAAUUUGUGUUGAAGGGAAGCAGGCAUAAAUAGUUCCCAUAUUAUCAUAAUUCUGACUAAUCCUGUUUUUCAAAUGGGACCAAAUAUAUCCCAUCCAAACAAAACAAAACCAGCAAGUGAGUAAAGGUUGUACUUUUUGGACAGGAAAAUCCUAACUUUGGUUUCCUAGGCUUGGGAUUUCCAGUAGUUGUUAUAAAACGUUCUUAAAGUGGUUUAUUUAUGUUCAUUUUGUUAAAUAAAGUUAAGUCUGAA